AUGGGUGCUGGUGAUGACUCCUCGUUCUUCUUGUAUGGUGUCGGGGAACGGCCCGAGGCUCUGACCCUGGGUUCAUUGGUGCUGGAGAAGUACUGGCAGCCAAUGAUUGCCCGCCACUAUACCCACGAUCAAUUAAGUGAAGAAGAACUACAAGAGCAUGCAUACACAACGCACGCAGAUAAUCUCGUCUUUCAUGGAUCCUCCCGCAUCUCGCCCGCCGUGGGCGUCGAGGGUGGAGAUAUCGUCAACCUCGGCCUCGCCUACCACAAGGAAACUGAGCGUGUUGUAAUCGCAGAGAAAGGAACUCGAAUGAUUCUGAAAGACCCUGAAGAAUUCCUUACAACCAAUGUCCUGGCCAACCCACAGGCACAGCAGAAACUAAAACUCUGGCUAUCCGCUGCUCAUAGCUCUUACGUACUCAAUUUCAAAUUCGCUCGUCGCCCCAAGGUAUGGCUACUCACCGGUCUAUAUCUACUCGAGAAAACGCGCACGAUUGUCUCUACGGGACAAUCAGCAGAUGUAUCGGCUGGCGUUUCCUCCGCAAUUGUCGGGGCUCUAUCUGGCGUUCCGAUCGGUGGGUCCGUCAGUCUGGGCAUAGGGUCCUCCUGGGAGAUGGCGAUGGAAGUGGCUGACCCACACGUCUGGGCGGCCCAGUUUCGACUGUUGGAUGCCCGCUUUAUCAAGAUGGGUAAAGGCGGCGCGGAUGGAGUGAAACUUCCAACGACGAUGGGCCUUUAUCGAGAUGUCAUGUCAGUUCGCACCGCCCGAGGAGCGCAGGACAACACGGUCGAGCUUAGUCUUAAGAAAGAAGAGGAUGAUGAUGAUGAUGAUGAUGAUGAUGAUGCAGAGGAGACCUCUGUGGACGACCAGGAAAGCGAGGAACUGGAGGAGUACGAGAAGCGACUAGAGCAAGCUAUCAAGAUUUUCGAGACGGCCCCGAAGCACUUCCUACAGUAA